AUGGCUGAGGAUGCAUCAAAGUAUCUCACCUCCCUCAGUAAAUCAGUUUCUUCCCUCGUGCCUGCUUCUUUUUUCUUCCAGCACUUCAGUUGCAAAACUGAAUUCCUCUCCUACCUGAUCCUGUGUGUUGCCAAAAUGCCGUUCAUACCACCUGUGUCAAUUGCACGCUCUGUGUCAGGACUGACAGGGAAGGAGAGACCUAUCAACAGCACUUCAUCUACAACUACUGUGGCUAAGACAAGAGUCCCAAGAGAAGACAAAGGCAGCUCAGUGAAGGAGCGACUGACUUUGAACCUCAAACAGUUGGGGAAGAAGAGCCAACCGAGGAGUCAUCUGCCAACAGCCAAAGGAGGGUCAGGGGCCGAGCUGCAUGCAAAGAGAAGAGACAGAUUGCUGCCCUCAUCACAAACAGACAUCUUCCCUGCCUCCAGCUCGGGUGAGUCCCCUUUAAAGACACAGCAGCAGAGACAUGCGAGCCAGAGCUCUGUAAAGAGUGAACCACAGGUGAAGAUAAGGACCAGACCUCAGGAGGAGGCCCGUUUCACACUGACACUCACACCUGAGGCUGUUCUGCUGCUACAGCGGAGGAACAGUGAGAGACAUCAACGCUCAGCAGCCAGAACUGCUGAAAGUGGAGCUGGUGUUUCUGGAGGCGCCACAGAUUCCAGGCGUCGGAGGGAAAAUGUUUCUAAAAGGCAUCAAUCAGCAAUGCAGAGACACAGCACUCCAAACAACAGAGCUGCUGUGAAAAACAAUAGUGAUGCUGAACCGGGGGAUAUAAGCUCAAUUGUGAAAAUCUCACUUCUGAACGAACAACACAAGUAUGAUGAUGUGGAGUAUGAGGAAGAGGAGGACUAUGGUGUGGAUGAGCGUGUGGUGCUGAAAUGUACUGAGUGGCUCCGUGGGUUGGAGAACACACCUGUGACAGUGGGGAACAGCCUGAAUAAGAGUGCAAGCAGUGUGAAAAGUUUCUAA